AACUGUAGUGAGGGCGCGGGCGCUGAGCCGGAGCCGCAGACAGAUACCGAGAUCGAGACUGACCGUGAGGGUUCCGGGGCUCAGGGAAACAAUGCCUGCAAAACGGAAAACAACUGGUCGCAAAAAGAAUGCCCUGGAAUUAAAGAAAUAUGAAAAGCUUCAAGCCUUCCUGAAGGAUUUUGACAUUGAAGUUGAACGCCGAAAGAGAGAGAUGGAAAAAGCAAUGAACAAUCUUCUCAUCACAGUAGAUGCUUAUUACAGCCGUGCGAUUAUGAAACUUCCAGUGGCUGUUCGACAGAUGGAUUUCCUUGACUACCUUGCCAUGGGUGGCAGUGCAAAGGCUGUGGCUGAGGUUGAGCAGAAACGACUUGAUGCGGCCUGCUUGGAAGUUGAAGCCAUAGAAUCUGAAAUCUUGAAAGAUGCUGCACUGCUAAAGUUAACUAAGAAACGUAAAAUCAAGGCAAGGAAUGAUGGUGAUGGCGCUGCAAGUGAAGAUGAAAAUCUUGCUCCUUCUAACAAAAUGUUCCGAAAGGGUAAAAAAACUGUAACCCUGUCAUCUAAAAGUAGACCUCCAUCAGCAUGCGCCACUGGUACUCGGACUAAAAGGAACAGCAGAACCAAAGGCCUACGUUCUACAAGUAACGGUGAUAUCUGGGGACCCACGCCACUGAUAACACCUAAAUUUGAUUCAAGAUUACCAAAGACGACAACGCGCUUACGAAAAGUUGGGGAGCGUGUAUAUAGCUUUUCAGGAAGCCCACUCUCUGAACCCAAAGAAAUGACCAUCAGCGUCCCCACUCAGGAUGGACAGAAUAUCCAACUUCUGGCCAGCAAAAUAAAUAAUACAGAUUUUAGUCAACUAGAUGACAAGACAUUUAAAAGUUUUGAGCAACUCUCUCAUCAGCUCAAUGAAAUGUUAAAGACACGAAGAUGAAAGCUCAGAUGCCAGCCUUCCAUGCUGGUUUUAAACAUAUAUCAUUUACGUUGUACCUGGAUAGUGAUUAAAAGCUUUUUUUGUUGUUGUUAAAACUGUAUUUUGUUAAUAAAUACUUUUUAUAAUCAGAAA